AUGUAUAAGGAGAAUGUGAUUAAUAGUCAUCUUAAAACUAUGAAAUUUAGACGGAGGCAUAAAUAUCUACCUUGUAUUACUCCAGAAAUUAGGCGUCUAAUCACUAGACGAGCGUACUUGCACAAAAAGGCUUUAUGUAGCAAUGAUGAUUAUGAGUGGCUUAAUUAUAAGCGUUGUAGAAAUAAGGUUACAUCCAUGAUUCGUAAAAGAAGAGGUGAUGAUAUAACUAGUGCAUGUUCCCGUGCAAAAGGUAACCCUGGUAAAGUUUGGAAGAGUCUUAAUAAUGCUAUGGGCAGAAACACAAAAGAUAGAGACACAUUGUCCGUAACCAUCAAUGACAGCACUCUAUCGUACCUUACCUCCACAUCUAACAAUCUUAACCAUCAUUUCAUUAUGAACCGGCAAAAUUAUGUCGACUAUUAUGUCAAGUACAUCCUUACGGACAGUGUUGCUAAGCAAUUUGAGGCUUUUUCCCGUGGAUUUCAUUUAGUCUGUGGUGGCCCAGCCUUGAAACUUUUCCAAGCUGAGGAGACGGAGCUACUGGUCUGUGGUAAUCCCGAGCUGGAUUUCAAAGCUCUUGAGGCCUGUACCACUUAUGAAGAUGGAUUCACAAGAUAUCAUCGAACGAUAAAAGCAUUCUGGAGUGUUGUGCAUAGCUUGAAUCAGAAUCAGAAAAAGAAACUCUUAAAUUUUAUUACAGGAAGUGACAGAGUACCAGUGAAAGGUUUAUCCAGUCUGCCAAUAGUCAUCCAAAGACACGGACCCGAUAGUGACCGUCUUCCAACUGCUAUGACUUGCUUUAAUCGUUUACUACUUCCAUCGUAUUCAAGCAAAGAAAAGUUGAGGAAUCGCAUUACAAUAGCAUUAGAAAAUGGAAAAGGAUUCGGUCUGACAUAAGUCUACAUAAUAAGUUAAUACUUGUCAGUGGUGCAUUUAAGAAAAAUAUGGUUAGUACCCUCACAAGGUAGUAUGGGUAUAUAUCAUGCAUUCUUCGUAAUAUGGGUAGUUGGUGUCAUGCUCACUGUGUUUGUUCUGCAGUGGGUUCAGUAGUGGCUCCAGGAAUUUGCCGACAUAGGGGUGCAAACCAAGGAGCCGACUAGUGUUCUUCAAGGUCCCUGAACAAAAUCCUUCGUAGGGACCAAUGUGUAGAGUUUUUCUUGGUUUUUAUGGCCCAUAUUUGUACUUUAAACAAUAUUAAGAAUUAUUAUUUUCAUGGGCCAAUUAAUAUUUUUUUGGCAAAAAAUACGUCUACUUAUGGCAAUGGUGGGUAUUUUCUACGUAAUAGAAGCCUGGUUCUCGCAAGAGCCCUAGUAUCCGGAUCGGGAGCUAACUGUUAGCGUUAAUCGUUAGCACCUAUGUGAGAACGCCCGAUCGGUUAGCAAGCGCUAUCGGUUAGCAAGUUGAACACCUUUCUAUCAUCAACCAAUCACACGUACGUGUUUACAAGAGUGCACGCCCCCAUUCCAAAAAAAUGUACUAGUUAUAAUCUUUAGGGGCAUUGAAAUAAAAAUACAUCCCACCAAACCACAUCUAAACAUCAUUUUUUAAUGCAUAUUCAUAGACAAAUGUAAUCAUUUAACCUGAUUAAAUGCAAACUCGCGUGGUUUUUGUUAAUGUAUUGAGUGCUAUCAUUAUAUAUGCAUUUUUAAUAUGCCUGUAUUUGUAUUUAAUAUAAUUAUUUAUUUCUGUGUCUAUAUUCUUCAUAUGCAAACAUAUUUAUUUUUGUAUUCAUAAUUGCAAUAAAGAUUGAAGUUGAAGUGAUUGUAA